UUAGGGUCUCAGGCGGAUUCUCAAAGUCACAUCUCCCAGCAGGAGAACCAUGGAGGAGCUCCAGAGGAAACUGGACAAGAGGUAUGACAGCGAUCAGCUGUAUGACAGCAAACCCAGAAAGGUGAGGUUCAAGCUAGCUUCGUCGGUCAGCGGCAGGGUGCUGAAGCAUGUGUACGAGGAUGGCCAGGAGCUGGACAGCCCAGAGGAGAAAUACCCCCACAGCUUCCACAGCCACAAGAUGCCCAGACACCUGGAGAUGGAGCAGCUCUGUGGCUUCCAGGACAUGCAGGACCAGGGUCUGUACCCCCCUACCGGACUGAUGGCCCAGAGGAUCAACGUCUACAGGGGGGGUGCUAACUACAGACCCUCUGCCCACAAUGAUACACCAGAGGGAGUCCCCAAUUCUUCAGUAUUGGACUUCGGAAAGAUAAUAAUCUACACCAGCAAUCUGCGGAUCAUCCGGGCCCCUCGGAGGGAAGAAGGGACGGGGCGACAUCCUCAGACCCCGGGGGGAGUGGACGAGUACUCACAGGGGCGUAACAGAGGGGGUAAGAGGAGGCCCAAAGCCCUCUGUGCUCAUGGGGAGGAGCAGAGCACACAUCCACAGGACGGGGAGGAGCAGAGCACCCAUCGACAGGACGGGGUAAAAAGGCCUGACCAGAACACCUUGCACCGUGUUAAUGUGCUUCAGCAAUUGUCUGGCUGCCAGCAUUGUGGAGGUUCGGGCUGUGCCCCCUGCUCUCUAUGCCAUGGCAGCAAGCUGUCAAUGCUGGCCAACCGCUUCAAUGAGUCUAUCAGUGUGCUGCGAUGCCAGGCUUGCUACCCUGAUGGACUGGAGAGAUGCCAGUCCUGUACCAAAUAA